GGAAGUUGGAGGGGAGGGAAGUGAGUGAAGGAGAAAGAGAAGAGAGUGCUUUCCCCUGAAAGGAUCGUUGUAGGUGGCGGUGGCAUCAGACAUUUAUCGGAAGCACAAGUCUUGUAUUUCGAAAUCUAAAGAUGCCUUCCAUUAAGCUUCAGAGUUCAGAUGGAGAGGUGUUUGAAGUAGAUGUUGAGAUUGCUAAACAGUCAGUCACUAUUAAAACCAUGUUGGAAGAUUUGGGUAUGGAUGAAGAUGAGGAAGAGGCAGUACCCCUACCCAAUGUGAAUGCAGCAAUCUUGAAAAAGGUGAUUCAGUGGUGCACCUACCACAAGGAUGAUCCUCCACCCCCUGAGGAUGAUGAGAACAAGGAGAAACGCACAGAUGACAUCUGUUCUUGGGAUGCGGAAUUUCUCAAAGUUGACCAAGGAACUCUGUUUGAACUGAUUCUGGCUGCCAACUACCUGGACAUCAAGGGCUUGCUGGAUGUGACCUGCAAAACAGUGGCUAACAUGAUCAAGGGCAAGUCACCAGAAGAGAUUCGCAAGACUUUCAACAUCAAGAAUGACUUCACACCUGCAGAGGAAGAGCAGGUGCGCAAGGAAAAUGAAUGGUGCGAGGAAAAGUAAAGUCUGCAGUAUUGUGAUACCUUGUUUCUAUUUAUAGCUUGCUAAGCCGAGGCAAACACAGGAAAACUCGUUGUGAUUAAGAGAUGAAUCAUUUCUUUCAAAAUAUCAUGCAUCUUGUAGGUGUCUUUCUUUUGAUCAGUAGGUCUCUUUAGCUAAAGAUAAGAGAUGAUCUUUCCCAGUGCAAAAUUGCUGCUGUUGAUGAGUUUAAAAUUUGCAAUAUCUCUCCAUAGCAUGAAUUUUGUCAAGGCAUUUCUACCAGUAUGAAGCUCAUUUUUAACAGAGAGAAGAGUGUUUGACAGCUUCCCACCUUAUUUUUACAGAAAAGUAUAUUGCUUAGUGUGUAUCCAACUUAUCUGCUUUGUACUCACUCCCUGCUACACCUCCUGUUUUUUUCUUUUCAACUUGCUGUGUAUGCUAGGUAUGUCACGAUAAGUCUGAAAAUCUCAUGUUCUGCCAGUUUAUGUUAACAGCUAAUGUAUAAGAAGUGACUUCCAUCAUUUUGACAUUUUACUAUGCCACUACUCACAUAGCAUCCACGUCUAGUUUACAUUGAGCUAACUCUCUUUACUCUGAAAUUGUUUUUGUGUGUUGUGACCAGCUUUGAUGAGUUUAGUAAUAAAGGAGAACAUAUUUAUUUAUUGCUAUGGCUUCCACACUUCCUCAAAACCCUAAAUGAAAGAAAACUCUUUGAAGAAAACAUGCUGUCUCUUGCUGGCACAGAAGUACUGAGAAUUUUGUGGUCUGCAAUCAAAUAGAACCAUUUAAUCACACAAGCUGUAAGAAUGCAUAAGAAAUUAGGAGGAGGUGAGGUGGGUCAUGUAUGAUGAACAGGAACAAGAAUAGCCUCAGCUGUUUAUAUUUGCUCUCAUGCUCAUGUGUCUGUAGAAUUUAAAAAAAAAAUCGAUUUGAAAGUAACUUAAGGGUUUAGGAAAGGCAGAAAAAAAAACCGUUUCUUCAGGACAACAACAGGACUAUUGUGUGAAUGCUUUGUCAGAAAUAUUAUUUUCCAUUCAUGAUUUCUGCCACAUCUGGUAUUCUGAUGUCCUGAACCAUUUGAACAUGCAUGUUUGUGUGAGUGCGUGUUUUACCUGAAGACUGAAAUGUUCAGCAUAUGAAUAAAAAGAGAAAUCCAA